AUGAGCGCUCCGGGUUCGCCGUCCAGCCGCAAAAGGCCUGCCGAUGAUGAAUCGGAUGCCUCGGGUGUCAAAAAGGCCCGGGUGGAAAAUCCCGAGGCUGCCUCCAACACGCCGGCUGAUGAGUUCGAGGAGGGUGAGAUAGGAGAUUCUCCUUCUGGAUCUGAAGCGGCGUCGACCAAGGACAACGAGGCUGAGAGUACGCCAGCGCAUGGUGGUUGGAACCGCGGCGUUAGCAACGGCCUGCGGACAUCCUUCAUAUCACUGAGUACAUCAAGCCUGCGCAAAAAGUCGCAAAAGAAGGAAGCCGACCCAGAGCCCACACCAGAGACGGCGUCGGCAUCGCCUGUCAAGAAGACCAAAGGCGGAAAGCGUUCAAAGAGUUCAUCGCCGACGGACCAAAAGGUCCUGGAUGGCUGGCUCGCCCUUCCUCCCCAUCAGCCCUUCGAUUUCAGGUCACGACCGAGAUACCCAGAGUCGUGGCAGAUGCGUUUUGUGGAUUUCUGUGAGACUCUUAUCAGGCACAAUAUCCGGUGGCCCGAGACAAAGAUGGACGAGGCUCAGGUCAACAAGAUGAACAAUCCCGAUCUCUUGUACAGGGCUUGGGUGCAGUGGCUGCAGGACCACGCGGACCAGAAAGGCUGCUCUAUAGAUCAGGUGGCUGCGGGAUCCAAGCUGGCUUCAGCGCAAAAGCUGUCCAGAGAAAGCCUCGGACAGAUAAUCUCUGAAGCACUCAACGGCGAGCCUGAGGGACCAAAGACACGGGCUAAAAAUAAAGAGCCAAAGAAGACAAACUGGACCCAAUUCACUCUCCAACGUACCAGAUUCGAGAAUCUGACAAUGCCACCGUUGGUCCCCAAGUCGGACUUGGAUGAGUUGAAGAGGGACAAAGACCUUUGGAAGACCAGAUUCCUUCAGUGGUCUCAGGAUUUCAUCAACCUGAAUCGAGACCUUCUGACCGCCGAUACCCCGGAGCUCCUGGGCGUUAUCUGGACGUCCUGGUGUACCUGGUUCAAACAGAUUGUGACAAAGAACAAAACUCCCGUUGGGAAGGACGUUGCUCGGAAUUUCUUCCUCGAGAACAACGAGGAUGUUGAAGCCGUUUACCGUGGUAUCAUGGCAGCCAGUCCAAGGCCAGCUUUAGAUGAGGCAGAGGAGCCACCAAAAUACGAAGAGACAGAAGCUGCCGAUGAACCGAGCGAGCGCCCACAAGUGGCAGCCAGAAACGAGGAGCAACAACUAUCACAACCCACAACGCCCAGAAACGAAGACGUCGACCUCCACAUCCGCCACAAAUACUUCUGCGGUCUUGAACACAACCAGCUCUUCUGCAUCGAAUGCGCCUCCUACUCGCACGACUCCUCGCAAUGCCCCCUCCUCACCUGCCGUUGGUGCAACGCCGUCGCCGAGCACCCAUCCUACGCCUGCCCGACCCGUCGCCGCUGCACCAAAUGCCGCCAGCUCGGGCACGAAGCCGAGUCCUGCACCGAGAAGCUCGCCCUCCCGCGCGACCAGAUGGAGUGCGCCAUCUGCGGCUCUCGCGACGGACACCUCGAAGAGACCUGCGUCGAGCUCUGGCGCACCUUCAAGCCCGACCCUCUCACUUCCUCCAAGGUCAAAGCGCUACCCAUCUACUGCUACUGCUGCGGCAACGCGGGCCACUACGGCGCCGACUGCGGCAUGAACAUGGCGCGCCCGGAAACGAUUACGGUGUGGGAGACGUGGAGCAAGAGCAACGUCGAGCAGCUUUACGUCGAUCCGGAAUCCGAAAAGAUUGCCAUUGCGCUGAAACCGAUGCCCAAGGGCUCGGUUUUGGCGGCGUACAACGAGGAGGAUCCUUAUGCGGACUGGGAUGCAAACAGCAACGGCGGCAGACCAGAUUUCGGACAUGGUAUUGCGCCGCAGAGACAUGUCUUCUUUGAGGACGAUGACGAGGAUGAGGAAGAUGAGGGGUUUAUUAGGCCGCCGGUGCAGAAGAAUCAGGGUGGACCAGCGCAAGGGAAGAUUAACUUUGGUGGCGCUGGUGGUGGUAACCGUGGCGGACGAGGCAAGAAUGGAGGAGGUGGUGGUGGUUCCUUCAACCCGCCGCUUCCGCCUGGUCCGCCGCCUGGAAGACUGAGGGAGUUCCAGAGCUACAACCAUGGCAGGGGAGGCGAUUCUUUUAAGAAUGGCGGCGGCGGCGGGGGCGGACGUGGUGGUGGUGGUGGUCGCGGUGGAUAUGGCGGCGGCCGGAGGGGUAGAGUGUACAAUCUUGUCAUCAGCGUUUGGAGAUACUGUUACAAGCGCAUUGGUAUCCAGCAAAAAUAG